AGAAACCCCCGUAAAAAUUAAUAAUAGCAAACGGUCAAAUUUGCUUUCUCUCUUUCAGAUCCGACCAGAUGCUCAAAUCCUCUCCUCACCCUAACCACCGCCUAAAUUUCCCAUUUUGCCCCUCCAACCACCAGCACUGUCACCGCCAGCGUCGUCGUCGCAGAAAUCUAUGUGUAACAAAGCCACCAUCAUCCUAGGUUUUCUCUGUUCAGGACUGGUCCUCGGCGCCGGCUAAAUAAAGUGGAAUAGAAUAAAAUCUUAAAUAAAAAAUGCUGGUUCCUGGAUUUCUGGGUUUCAACGGCGUCUUUUUGUUGUCGUUGCUAGUUGUUUUUCUGGUAAUCCGGCAUAAGUUGAGGAAUGCGGCAGCAAGGAAAGAGGAGGUUACGAGGUUGCUCGAAAUGGUCUCGCAUGAAGCCGCCAUGGUGGAGGUUCAAGCCACCGGCGAGUACGGUUACUAUCCCAAGUACCAGUGUACUGUUUGCUUUGCCCCUACUACCACGCGCUGUUCUCAGUGCAAAUCUGUUCGUUACUGUUCUGGUAAGUGUCAAAUAAUUCACUGGAGACAAGGCCACAAGGAUGAAUGUCGCCCCCCAACUGAUUUUGCAGUAACAAAACAGUGUGCAAUUCACUGUAAUGAUUCUGAGGUGGAAAGUAUAUUUAAGACAGCAUCUGACACUUCAUCACUGGUAGAAGAUGAUGACAUUGAUGGUAAUCUAAAGCCUAAUGCAGAUGCCAAAGCAACACAUAAUGGUUUUGCUCCACCCAGUUCCUCAUUGUUAGCUGGUGUCAGUCCAUCUGGUGCCAGUAGUGAAUCCUUGGUUGAUGUUUCUCCCAGCAGGACACUUCUGUCUGGCCCUAAUGACAAGCUCGGGAGGCAACUUUCUGAUGAUAUUGCCACUGCUAUAUCUAGAAGUAAGGCUGCUGCUAAGAAGAUGGAAGAAGCUAUCUCACCUUCUUCAGAGUCUAAUUUGACCUAUUCUGUAAAUAAUCUGAGUAAAUUAAAUAAGAAGAAAUCCACUCAUAACACUGAAGAGGUUGAAUUUCAAAUGCCAUUUGCUAAGGGCAAUAAUCUCAUGUCUGAUGAUGUCCAUCCUGCAAAAUCUGUCUAUAAGAAGUCAACAGUAGCAGUUUCAUCUGAAAUGUUAGUUACUGAUGUAUCCAAGAAAAGUAACUUAACAUCCCUGAGCCCCUCAUGGCCUAAAACUGUACCUAAUGAUAGGGAAGAUGAUUUGCAACCUUAUGAAACCAAACCUGUCAAAACUUCCUCAUGUAGUGCUUCUGAUGAUCAUUCAUCUUCAGCUGCUGGAGGGCAUUCUGUUCCCAGUUCUAAGUUGGGCUUGCCGGCAAAAAGUAGUGCUACCCCUACUUUGCCACAGACUGGUAGUAAUGGCUUAAAAACAUCAAUGCGGAAGGUUGUACAGCAGUUUAAAGCCUCCAAACAGUCGAAGUCCUAUCUUUUUGGUUUUGGUAAUGAGUUUAAUGUAAAACACAAUUACAAGAUAAUCUUUCCAUAUGAACUAUUCAUGGAACUUUACUCUUAUGAUGCGGUGGAACUAUGCCCAUUUGGCCUUAAUAAUUGUGGGAACAGUUGUUAUGCUAAUGCUGUGCUUCAGUGUUUGGCUUUUACUCGGCCACUUACCUCAUACCUUGUCAGAGGGCUACACUCUAGAGCAUGUCGAAAAAAAGAGUGGUGCUUUAUUUGUGAGUUUGAGUGUUUGAUUUUGAAGGCAAAGGAAGGGGAGUCCGCUUUGUCACCAAUCAGGAUAUUAUCCAAAAUACAAAAAAUUGGAAGUCAUCUUGGUCCUGGGAAGGAAGAGGAUGCCCAUGAAUUUUUGAGGUAUGCUGUUGAUGCCAUGCAAUCUGUUUGCCUCAAGGAAGCAAGGGCUGCAGGUCCUCUGGCAGAAGAGACGACUCUAGUUGGCCUAACUUUUGGAGGUUACCUUCAUUCUAAGAUAAAGUGCAUGAAGUGCCUUGGUAAAUCUGAGCGGUAUGAGAGGAUGAUGGAUCUAACUGUUGAGAUUGAUGGGGACAUUGGAAGUCUUGAGGAGGCACUUGCACAGUUUACAGCUACAGAAAUCUUGGAUGGAGAGAACAAAUAUCAUUGCAGUAGGUGUAAAUCUUAUGUCAAAGCAAGAAAGAAGUUGACAGUAUUAGAUGCGCCUAAUAUUCUCACCAUUGUUUUAAAGCGGUUCCAGUCUGGUAACUUUGGGAAGUUAAAUAAGUCAGUUCAAAUUCCUGAGGUCCUUGAUUUAGCCCCAUAUAUGAGUGGAACAAGCGAUAAGGCUGCAGUGUACAAUCUCUAUGCUGUGGUUGUUCACUUGGAUGUUAUGAAUGCUGCCUUUUCGGGACAUUAUGUGUGUUAUGUGAAGAGUUUCCAUGGGGAGUGGUUCAGGAUUGAUGACAGCACAGUAAUACCAGUGGAGCUGGAGAGGGUCUUACUUGAAGGGGCGUACAUGCUCCUCUAUGCGAGGCGCUCUCCAAGGGCCCCUGCUUUGGUAAGAAACAAUCUUGAGUGUCAUGGUGUGAGGUUCAAGAAAAGGAAUUUGGAAGCUGUUCCUUGUACCCAUAAUACAUCCAAGACGAGAUCUGACUCUAAUUUUACAAGGUUGGAUCCCUCUAUAGCACAGCGGAAGCAUAAGUAUCCUUCUGAUGCUUCAACCCGAAAGCACUUGUCUGAUCAAGAAGAUUGGAGGUUUCAUUCAACGCAAAGAACUCCUCCAGCUGAUUCAUCGAGUGAGAGUUCUUCCAUCUUCAGCGGCUCAGAUGCAAGCUCUUGCAGCACAGCAAGCACCAAGGACUCUUCAAGGAGUGAAGACUUCUCUGAUUAUUUAUUUGGUGACAUGGGACCCGAAUGGUACAGCCAAUAUGGGAUUUCAUCAGAUUCAGGGGCGGAGAUAGAUUGCCGUGAUCGGUGGCUGGAGAGGGAUGGGAACUCCACAUUUUUGUACGCUGACUCAAGUAGACAUCGUAGGAAUAGUAACAGUAGAGCAUCUGAUUUUGAGCAAGUCGGCUGGUCUAAUCCUUUUGAUGUAAGAUCAUCCGGUAUUUCGUUGAGGAGAGCAAGCGUCGAUGGAUCAUCUCAAACGUUUUAUUGAGGUUUGAGUUGACAUAAAAUCGAGCUUUCAGUUAUUUACUUAUUGUUAUAAUUCAAAAAGCAGUAAUCAUCAUUUUUUUCUCCAUAAAA